AGUCGAACUGUGACUAUGAACCAGACUGCAAUCAUUUUUGUGACAAUUGAAAUGCAGCAUCACACGCACAUAGACACACAUAUCUACACGCACACACCCACAUUCCACGUUCGAAACUAUAAAAGUCUGUCUGUAAACCGCUCAGACCAUCAACUUUUAUUCCGUGGCUUGCGUCCCAAGAAGGUCAAGCCAUCCAGGAUGAAUUCCCUCUUGAUCGUAUUGCUUCUUGCCUUGUUCAUGGCUCUGGCCACAGCACAGUACUGGAACGGCUUGCGUCUUGGAGGCCGUGGAGGCUGGGGAGGCCGUGGCGGAUGGGGCGGCCGUGGAGGAUGGGGCGGUCGUGGAGGAUGGGGCGGCUGGGGCCGAGGAUGGUGGGGUGAUGACUGGGAUGAUGGCUGGUGGGACUAAAGAGUCAGCAUUGACCUGGCACUGACCUAAAUAGGGCUAAUAAAAUGUUAAAAUAGUG